CUGUGAGGCUGACGCUCUAACCAGUCGGCCACCGUGCCGCCCAGAAUUACAUAAUGCAUAAAAAAAAUAUGCAAUCGGGACGAGCGCCUGGCCCGGACGGAAUCUCCGUCGAAUUCAUUAAAUAUUUCUGGCCAAUACUAGCGCAUCUAUUUUUCAGAACAGUCAAGGAGAUAAACGAUAAAGGUAGAAUUAGUAGCCAUAUGAACACAGCUUCAAUUAAUUUAUUACUAAAGCCAGGUAAGGACCCCACUCUCCCGGCGAAUUAUUGGGCCUUAUCGCUGAUUAAUGUAGAUAUCAAGAUUAUCUCAAAAGCCCUCGCAGCGAGACUUGAAAAGGUACUUCCGUCGAUAAUCCACUAUGACCAGACAGGCUUCAUGAAAGGUAGAAGUUCCACAAAUAAUGUCAGACGUCUGUUUAAUUUAAUAAGCAUGUCACAGCGUAAAAAAUGCAUUCAUCAUGUAACUUGACGCAGAGAAAGCUUUCGAUAAAGUUAACUGGGCUUUCCUGUUUGCAGUACUUAGAAAAUUUGGCUUUGGAGAUUCAUUUAUACAUUGGAUAGCUACAUUAUACAAUUCGCCGAAAGCGACAGUCACCACAAAUAGGAUCACUUCACAAAGUUUUACAUUACAAAGAGGAACCAGACAAGGAUGUCCACUCUCACUAAAGCUAUUUGCAAUAUUCAUCGAACCUCUUGCUGCCGUUAUAUGUCAGAAUGCUAAUAUUAAUGGUAUCUGCUCACUAAUGACAGAACACAAAAUCAAUCUCUAUGCUGAUGAUAUUCUUUUUUACUUACAGGAACCCAAGUAUUCUCUUCAGGCAGUCUUCAAUCUCAUUAAAACAUUUUCGCAAAUAUCAGACGAUUCUAUUAACUGGACAAAAUCAACAAUACUCCCAAUAACAGCAAACUCAUGGACUCCUGCAGAUCAAGUCCCAGAUUACCCUAUUCCUAUAGGAAAUAUUAAGUACAUAGGUAUCGAUAUUUCGUCAAAAGGCACGGUGUACGACUGGUUAGAGUGUCUGCCUCACAGUUCUGAGGACCGGGGUUCAAUCCCCGCCCCCGCGUGUGUGGAGUUUGCAUGUUCUCCCCGUGCCUGUGUGGGUUUUCUCCGGGCACUCCGGUUUCCUCCCACAUCGCAAAAACAUGCGUGGUAGGUUAAUUGACAACUCUCAAUUGCCCGUAGGUGUGAAUGUGAGUGUGAAUGGUUGUUUGUUUGUGUGUGCCCUGCGAUUGGCUGGCAACCAGUUCAGGGUGUACCCCGCCUCCUGCCCGAUGAUAGCUGGGAUUGGCUCCAGCUCGCCCCCGACCCUAGUGAGGAGAAGAGGCUCAGAAAAUGGAUGGAUGGAUGGAUGGAUAUUUCGUCAAAACUCACAGAGCUAACCAAUCUAAAUUACACACCACUUCUGGAAAAAAUCUCUAGAUAUUGACUACCGUCCUAUACCACUAGUCCAUUUUUGUCACCAUUGACUCACAUUCUAAAUAAUAUUUUUCCUUACACUGUAAACCCAAUGGGCGGCACGGUGGUAGUGUCACGGAGAUGCUCUCGCCCGAUGGCACCCCCAACCCCGGACUGAGCUGCAUCGCUGUCUCCGCUCCUCCACCGUGACAGGCGACCACAAGGAUGCCUGGUUUAUCUCACACGGACGCUAAAUGAAUUACCAGUCAGUCUGAAGGAGCUCAUCAAAGCGGAGAUGAGGAAUCCUGACUCCUCACCCCGGACCUUAAAUUAAUUAGCAGUUACUACUCUGGUUAUCGAGAACUCUGAUCUAAUUCCUGUAGCAACCUUCAGAUUACGAGACAGAAGUUUUUCGUCACUUUCUCCUGACGUUUUACACAUCUAAAAAGAGACGUGGUGCCCUUUUACGAGAUAAAAAUAAUUAGAUUUUGACGCUGAAACUUAAAAUCACGCUAAAUGCGUAUUUCUUCUCCUAAAUUAAUUACGUUUUUAUCCAAACCAAUAUACUCUACAAUAGGUUAAUUGGAAACUCUAAAUUGCCCGUAGGUGGGAAUGUGAGUGCGAAUGCUUGUUUGUUUAUAUAUGCCCUGGGAUUGGCUGGCGACCAGUUCAAGGUGUACCCCGCCCCUUGCCCAGAGUCAGCUGGGAUAGGCUCCAGCAUACCCAUGACCCUCGUGAGUGCUCCGGAAAGUGAAUGAAUGAAUGAAUGAAAGUGUGCUUUUUUUGUGCAAUAGGUGGUGUGCUAGUCCUGUUCCUCCAACAAGCAAAGCCUCAAGUACCUUAAGAACCAGUUGGCAAGAGUGUGUGAGCAGUGUUACAUUGUACUGCGGGAGCAGAAAAGUACGUUUCCUCACCUCAACCCUUAGUGAGUUUUAUACUAAUUCAUCAUGAUUUCUUUUUUCUUUGUGUAAUGCAGGUGAAGAGUUUGCAUGUUCUCCCCGUGCCUGUGUGGGUUUUCUCAGGGUACUCCGGUUUCCUCCUACAUCACAAAAACAAGCAAAUUUUAUGUCACAGGUCCUCAGGUCUACACAUAGGCAUUGAAAUAUGAACCCAGAAUUUUCAUAGAGAUUCUUCCACACCAUUAAAAGUAAUAUGAUAAAAUCUGUCAUGAAAAAAACAAAUAUAUAUAUAUUUGUCCCAUGCACAGUUGAUAAAGGUAAUACGUGAAUUCCCAUCCCAUGAAGAUUAUUUUUUUGGGUUAUUUUUUUUAUUAAUUAAUUUAUUUUUGUACAUUCCAAGAUGCAAGUGUAAGUUGUUUUUUAGUGUGCGACUUUUUUGGUUGACAGAAGUGCAUCUUUUUUUCUUUUUUCGUUUUGCUCUCUCUUUUUAUCUUUUCCUUUUUUUUUUUGUAUUUAAAAAAAAAAAAAUCGAGUAAAUUGCCGGUAGAGUUCCCAAAUUUCUGGAUACAAAUUAGGUUUUGUCUUUUGUCAUGAAAAACAAAUAGUCCCACCCUGGGCCUGUCAAAAAUGAGCGCAGGUGUCCGUCAACGUGGUUUACUCAGCAAUGUUAUUUCUGAGAUCUGUAAAGCUGAUACCAGUGAACCUGGAGGAAGGGAAGAGAGGUCAAGAUAAGGGACUGACACUUUUUAGAAAAUGUAACUCUUUGGAUUUGAGAGUUGGUUUACUGUUUGUUUAUGGGAUUAGUGUAUGAGGAGAGGAUGGACAUUCACAGCUGAGACAGGAAGUUUGUCUGCAGACCUGCUCCACAGUGCACAGAAUCAAUUAAAAAAAAAAAAAUUAUUAAAAAAAAAAUACUACAAAAUUGAUUACAUUGACUAUUUCUGUAUUAUAGCACACUAGUCAGCCACAACAUUAGAACCACUGGCACAAUCUAAUAUCGAUGUAUCAAAAAGUCUGCCAUGUAAAGACAAUCAUGAUCUGCUAUGAUAUGAAGUAUUAAUUCUACAAUAUGCUUAUUAUGGCUUUGGCUGAGAGUCCAAAUAUUAGCGAGGUCUCAGUAGAUGCACACUCCUAAAACAAACAUCUAUAAUAAAAAAUUUUGUACAUUUAGUAACUUUGAAAACUUGAAUUGUUAUCUUUACAAACACCAUUAUCUUUUCGUUUGGGGAAUUUUAUUGUGAAAAGUGGAAUUUUGGGGAAUGUGGAAAGUACUUUCCAAGAUGUCCUGAAUGAUCUGAACACUUUGAAGUUGGAAUGGGUUGAAUCGGUCAAAAAAUGUGGGAGGAGGAGGUGCGUAAUCCAGUAUCUCUUAAUCUGGUAAUUUUAUUGGGGAAUUUUGUGAAAAUGUGGAAUUCUGGGAAAAGUGGGAAUUUUAGUGAUGUGGACAAUGCAUAUACCGAAUGAGAUGAUUAAGUUGAAGUUGGACGAGUUUGAAUGGGUGGAGUAAUGUGGAAGGAGCAGAACAGUGAGAAUGAGUGGACUAAUCAUCAUAAAAAAAAAAAAAAUACGGUGUCGAAUCAAGUGUGAACGCCGAUCAGCAUUAACACAAUUAUCAUUGGCCAUAUCUUGGCACACAUGAAACAUGAUCACCCGUGACGCAGAGUGGGCUCGCUCCACUGGGAGAACUACCCACCUAGAGUAUACACACACACACACACACAUUGUCUGUAACUCCUUUGCGUGUUUUCCGAUUGCCAAUAGACCUUGGUGAUCACAAAGCCGGGGUCUCAGGGCCAAAACAAUUCAAGCGGCAUGCACGCACAGGACGGCAUCCUGUGAUAGAAGCGGUAUCAGCACCUGACACCUCGAAAACAGGAAAAAGCAUUUUCGGCAGCAACACAGAUGGGUCAGAGCGUUUGAGGGAGGGGCACCGCCAGAACUAUAUAACAAGUCCGCUUGAGUCCCAGCCUCACUCCGCAGAGAAACGAGAGUUCAUCAUGUCGUACUAUGAGCAUAUCCUCUUUGACUACGAAUACAAUGACACCAGCUCCGGCUCUGGUUCUGGUGACAUUGGGGUGGAUCUGGAGGAGCCUUGUGAAGUGGAGCAUGGGAUGACCUCUGACUUUCAGCAGAUCUUUCUGCCUGUGGUCUAUGCCCUCAUUUUCCUCCUGGGCAUCACUGGAAACGGUCUGGUGGUCUUUGUGCUGGGCUGCCAGCGGAGGUCCAAAUCCAGCCUCACAGACCGGUACCGACUGCACCUCUCAGCUGCCGAUCUCCUCUUUGUUCUGGCGCUUCCGUUCUGGGCGGUGGACGCAGCCCUGGCGGAUUGGCGCUUUGGCGCGGCCACCUGCGUUGGCGUGCAUGUAAUCUAUACGGUCAAUUUGUACGGCAGCGUGCUCAUCCUGGCCUUCAUCAGUCUGGACCGCUACCUAGCAGUGGUCCGAGCCACAGACACCAACUCGGGUGGCCUGAGGCAGAUGCUGGCACACAGAUUGGUCUACGUGGGUGCCUGGUUGCCCGCUGGUCUUCUGGCCGUUCCCGACUUGAUAUUUGCCCGAACUCAAGAAGGAGGUGAGGGCAGCACCCUGUGCCAGAGGUUUUACCCGACGGAGAAUGCUCCUCUCUGGGUGGCGGUCUUUCACCUGCAACUGGUCCUAGUGGGCCUAGUGAUCCCAGGUCUGGUGCUUUUGGUGUGUUACUGCGUCAUCGUCACCAGGCUGACCCGAGGCCCUCUCGGGGGCCAAAGGCAGAAGCGACGAGCGGUGAGGACCACCAUCGCGCUGGUGCUGUGCUUCUUUGUGUGCUGGCUGCCCUACGGAGCGGGCAUCUCUGUGGACGCCAUGCUGCGUUUGGAGGUGCUGCCCCGCAGCUGCAACCUGGAGGCAGUCCUGGGCGUGUGGCUGGCGGUGGCCGAGCCCAUGGCGUUCGCUCAUUGUUGCUUGAACCCGCUGCUCUAUGCCUUUCUGGGGGCAGGCUUCAAGAAUUCCGCCCGCAGAGCUUUGACUCUGAGCCGAGCGUCCAGUUUGAAGGUUUUACCAAGAAGACGCAACGGGGCCUCUACAACCACAGAGUCUGAGUCGUCCAGUUUGCAUUCUAGCUAGUGUUUGCUUAUUCUGUGUAUGUGUGUGUGUGUGUGUGUACAGUAAUAGAAAUUAUCUGAGAACUUCAGGAGCAGUCUGCUGGCGGUCUUCUCUCUAUUCUCUUGUAAAUACUCUCUUUUUGGGGUUAUUUUCGGUGCUGCUGUGCUUUCACUGUAUUGUAAUAGUUUAUAAUAAAUAUGACCAAUACUUC